AUGCUGCAAUUUCUCUUAUUGACUUGUCUUAUUCAUGAUGUAGAUAUUCAAGAUGUUGUUGAAGGUGAUAACAAGAAAAUAGCAAUUAAAUCAAAAAAAGGUGAUACAUUAAUGAAUUUUAAAGCAAAGUCUUUAGACCAGAAGCAAGAAUGGGUUAAAGAAUUUCAAUCAAAAGCUGUUAGCCAAGUUAUAGAAGAUCUUAGUGAAGAUGAAUUUCAGUUAAUUGAAGAAACUGUUACUGAACCAGAGGUUAAAAAAACAAAAUUAGCUUCAGAAAGUGAAGUAAAAGCAACAGAAGAAGAAAAAAUUCAGCAAUCUGAGACAGAUGCAAAAGUUGAAGUAUUAGAAGAUUUUGAAGCGUAUGAGGAAAUGAAUACAGCAAUUACUGAAAGUUUAAGAUCUGGUUCAUUAACUUCCUUAGAAGAUUUCCAAUCUGCACUUGAAGAUGAAGCAUCUCUUUGUGUAACAGCCUCAGAAACAGAUGGAAUGUCAGCAAAACCUCUUUUUACUAAGGCUCUACAUGGAAUCACAUGCAAAUUGGGUGAAACUGCAACAUUUGAAUGUCAAGUUGCGACUUCUAGUCCAACUUCUGUUAUGUGGUUAAAGGACAACAUGCCUAUAACAACAUCUGAUCAUUUUGUAAUGACAAGUGAUGAUAUCAGGCAUUGUUUAACAAUUAAAAAUGCUAACAUCGAAGAUGGUGGACUUUAUACAGUGGUUGUUACAAAUGCACAUGGAACAAAUUCUUCAAGUGCAACACUUAGUGUUAUUUCAGAAACAGAUGUACAGCGUCCAAAAAGUCCAGGAGGUUCAACAUUACCUUAUGCACCCCGUUUUAAAGAGAAGUUAAUGGAUUCACGGUUAAUUGAAAACACCAAUGCAAGAUUUACAAUCACAGUAGAUGGUGUUCCAGAGCCAACAGUUACCUUUUAUAAAAAUGAAACUGAAUUAAAACAAGAUAACAGAAUAAAAAUUAUUUCCACAAUUAAAGGAGUUUAUGAAUUGAUUAUGGAUUCAGUUACACUGUCAGAUGCUGGAAAGUAUUCAUGUGUUGCUGUAAAUAGUGAAGGGCAAGAUGUUACAAUGGGAAAUAUUGCAGUUACAAAGGAGAAAGUCUCACUUCAUGUUACUCAAGAUGAUGAUGGAAUUUCUAUAUCAACUGGCCGAGAUUCAAAAGAACCACAAUACACAUGGUUUAAAGAUGGCAGUGAGUUUGAAGCUAGUGAAAGAUUUAAAGUUGCCUAUAGUGAUGGAGAAGACACACUAGCUUUAGUUUUUCAACAUGUCACUCCUGAAGAUGCUGGCUUAUACACUUGUGUAGCAAGCACUAGUGGUGGAAAGAUAUCCUGUAGUGCAGAACUUACAGUGCAAGGUGCUGAAUUACCUCGAGAUCAUGAAGCACCAGUUCUUACUGGUAAAUUGGAAGAUGUUGAAGUCAGUGAAGGAGCUUCUGCCAUGUUAGAAUUAAAAGCCACUGGUUAUCCAAGACCUAAAAUAACAUGGUUCAAAGGCAAAGAGGAAUUGACUGCAGGUGAAAGAUAUAAACAUUUAUUUGAAGGCAGUGAUACUUACACACUUGUUAUUAAAAAAGUUCAAAAGAAUGAUUCUGGUCAAUAUUCUGCUACGUUGAAAAAUGAUAUGGGUGAAAUAAAUUGUUCUUGCCAAUUGACAGUAAAAUCUUCACCUGUUUUCCGUAAACAAAUGAAAGACAUGGCAGUAAUGACUGAUAAACCAGUGAAGUUUGAGGUUGAAGUUGAAGGGAAUCCAACUCCAGAAAUUAAAUGGAUGAAAGAUGACCAAGAGCUUAAAAUUGAUAACAAGCAUCUUAAAGUGACAGAAGAAGAAAGUAAUUCCUACAUAUUAACUAUAGAUCAUAUUGUUAAAGAUGAUGCUGGUAAAUAUUCUUGCAAAAUUACAAAUGAACAUGGAUCAGACCAAACUGAUGCAAAUCUAGCUGUUGCUGGGAAACCUUCAUUUACUCAGAAGCUGUCAGAUAUAGAGGCAUCUGAAAAUGAAGAAGUUGAUUUUAAGGUUAAAGUUUCUGGAGAACCACAACCAAAGAUUAAAUGGUUUAUAGAUGAUAUGGAAAUCACAGAAACAAAAAAUUAUAAAUUUAUUGAAAAUAAAGAUACAGGUGAAUAUAUGCUGAAGAUUAAGGAUGUUAAUAGUUCUCUAUCUGGAAAAUAUACAUGUGAAGCUUCUAAUUCUGUGGGUAAAGAAUCAACCAGUGGUACAUUAUCUGUAAAAGAUUACAUGCAGUUUGUGAUUCUUGCCAUUUGCUACUAUUUAGAAGGAAAAAACAAAAUACUUGCAAGUUUCAAAUGUAAUAAUGCUAAAAAGCUUAGAAAAUCAAUGCAUGAAGAAUUAGAUCAAGUAUUGUUAAAAUGGUUUUCUCAGCAGAGACUUAAAAACACAACUAUUAGUGGUGCUAUAUUGCAGUCAAAAGAAGAGUUAUUUAGGAAGCAAAUUGAAAGUGCUGAGCCACCAAGUUUUGUUCAGGGAUUAAAAGAUGUGACAGCAGUAAAUGGAGAGGAUGCAAAAUUUACAGUGAAAUUAAAAGGAAAACCAAAGCCUACAAUUAAAUGGACUAAAGAUGAUGCUGAAUUAACAAUUGAUAAUAAAAAAGUAAAAGUUAUUGAAGAAGCAUCUGAAACAUAUACUCUUGUAUUAAAAGAAGUAAAUUCUAAGGAUAGUGGUACAUAUUCAUGUGAAAUCAGUAAUAAAAGUGGAAAGGACAUUUCCAGUGGAAAAUUAUCUGUAAAAUCUCCUGCUAAGUUUAUUCAAGGAUUGAAAGAUAGUGAUGUUGAAGAAAAUGUAUCAGCAAGUUUUACAGUAAAAAUCAGUGGAGAACCAAAACCAGAUAUUAAAUGGACUAAAGAUGGAACUACAUUAACAAUUGAUGGAACACAUAUAAAACAAAUAGAAGAAGAAUCUGCUACUUUUACUUUGGUUAUAGAUAAAGUGUCAAAACAAGAUGUUGGAGAAUAUUCCUGUGAAAUUACUAAUGAACAUGGAAAAGAUAUUACCAAGUGCCGUUUGGGGGUUAAAGUUUUAGCUCCUGCUAAGUUUAUUCAAGGAUUGAAAGAUAGUGAUGUUGAAGAAAAUGUAUCAGCAAGUUUUACAGUAAAAAUCAGUGGAGAACCAAAACCAGAUAUUAAAUGGACUAAAGAUGGAACUACAUUAACAAUUGAUGGAACACAUAUAAAACAAAUAGAAGAAGAAUCUGCUACUUUUACUUUGGUUAUAGAUAAAGUGUCAAAACAAGAUGUUGGAGAAUAUUCCUGUGAAAUUACUAAUGAACAUGGAAAAGAUAUUACCAAGUGCCGUUUGGGGGUUAAAGCAAAACCUACUUUUAAGAAAAAACUUGUCGAUAAAGAAUCAGUGGAAGGAGAUGUUAAUGUUGAAUUUACUGUAGAAGUUGAUGGAUCACCAAGUCCUAAAGUUCAAUGGUUCUUAGGUAAUGUUGAAAUUACCAGCAAUGAAAAAUAUACUGUUUCUAAUGAUGAAGCAUCAUAUACAUUAACUUUGAAAAAAGUUGCAUCUGAUAUGUCUGGAACUUAUAAAUGCAAAGCAACUAAUCCACAUGGUUCUUCAGAAACAAGUGCAGAAUUUACAGUCUAUGUGAAACCAAAAAUUAUUGAUGGGUUAAAAGAUUUGGAAGUUAAGGAAGGAGAAAAAGUAGAGAUGACUGUUAAAAUAGCUGCAUCUCCUUCACCUGAUAUUAAAUGGAAGAAAAAUGGAGAAGAUAUAUCUGCAGAAGCAACUAUUAAAAUAAAACAAGAUGUACCAAACUGUACAACUGCUAUUUUUGAGAAAGUUACAGUUGUUAUGACAGGAGAAUAUGAAUGUUAUAUUAAAAAUAAAGUAGGAGAAGCUUCUACAAAAGGAAAAUUAAUUGUACAAAGUACUGAAGAUACACAACCACCCACAAUUAUUCAAAAGUUGACUGAUCAAGAAAUAUUAGUUGGAGAUGCAGUAAGAAUGGAAGUUAAACUGAUUGGUAAACCUACACCUGAAGUAAAAUGGUAUCUUAAUGACAAAGAAGUAUCUUCUGGUGGUAGAAUACGAAUUGAUAGUGUUUUAAGUGAUAAUUAUUAUUCACUAACAAUUAAAGAUGUUACAUUAGAAGAUGAAGGUAAUUACGUAUGUAAAGCAGUUAAUGAAAAAGGUGAAGCUUCUACUUCAGCAACAUUAACAGUAGAAGGUAUUUCAGAGUUUUUUUCUAUUUAUAAUAAACUUUCUAUAACAAUUAAGAGUCAAAAUGAAAUCAAAAUUUUAUUGACCAGUCAAAUUGCUGAGCAAGGAACACCAUUUUUAAAUUCUGUUGUUCAUAAAUAUAAUGGCUACAGUUAUGAAUUAGAAUUUAUAACUACAGUUCCUCCAAAUUCAGUAAAAGGUGAUGUGAAAAUUCAAAGUAAAUAUCAAGAGUUAAAAGAUGACAAAUCUCUUCAUGAAUCAAAUAAUAUUGUUAUUUCUGGUGAUGAUGGUCAUUUUUCAGUAAUUAUAAGAAGUAUCAAAGAAGAAAAUAUUGGAACAUACAAAUGUAUUGCUAGUAAUUCUGCUGGAAAAGCUGAAAGUAAAGGUGUUUUAUCUAUUAAAAAUGAACCUCCAAAAUUUUUGAAAGAAAUUGGUGAUAGAGAAGCAAAAAAAGGUGAUAACAUAAUAUUUGAAGUACGACUAAGUGGUUACCCAUUACCUGAAGUUACAUGGCUUAAGAAUAAUGUUCCUGUAGUUUCCAAAAUUCAUGGAUUAAGUGUUGAUGAUAUAGCUGUCUUUACUUGCAAAGCUAAAAAUACUGCUGGAGAAGUUUCAUGCAAAGGAGCAUUACAUCUUAUUGAAGUUCCACCAUCAGUGCAAAAAACUCUUCCUGGUACUUUAACAGUUAAGGAAGGAGAACCUUUCAAAUUAGAAGCAAAAUUUGAUAGUGAACCAAAACCUGAUAUAAAAUGUACAAAACUAAUCUGUAAACAUAUGUAUAAGAAAAAUGGCCACAUAUCAUUAACUAUUAAUGAUGUAACAACAGAUGAUGCUGGUGAAUAUAAAGUUAUUGCAACAAAUGAAAUAGGGGAUGUUUCAUCUACUGCAAAAUUAACAGUCAUUGAAAAUGGCCACAUAUCAUUAACUAUUAAUGAUGUAACAACAGAUGAUGCUGGUGAAUAUAAAGUUAUUGCAACAAAUGAAAUAGGGGAUGUUUCAUCUACUGCAAAAUUAACAGUCAUUGCUGUUUCACCACCAAAAGAAAAAAAACCUGCUGAGGCUGUUGAACCUAAACAAUCUGAACCUGAAAAAGUACCAGAGCCUUCUAAAGCCACAGAAGUUGAAUCUGCUAAGGUACCUGAAACACCUAAAGUAGCAGAAGUUGAAGCUCCUAAAGAACCUGAACCAUCUGUAAAAGCACCAACUAUUAAAGGAAAAGUACCUGAAUUUAGUAGUUAUUUAAAGCCUGCUCAAUUUUAUGAAGGAGAAUCUGGACAAUUGAUUGCCAAAGUCACUGGAGAGCCCAUGCCAAAAAUUAAAUGGUUGAAAAAUGGAAAGCCUAUUUUGCCCUCUGAUCAUAUUAAAUUAUCAGAAAGCCCUGACGGCACUGUUACACUAACGUUUGAUAAAGUUACCCCGGAUGAUGCAGGAAAAUAUACACUAGUAAUAAGUAAUGAAGCAGGUGAAGAAAAAAGUGAAGCACCAGUAGCAGUUAUUCCAGCAACAAAGAAAACAGACAAAGCACCAAAAUUUAAAAUUGUUGAAGGUUUACAACCACUUAUGGUACCUGAAGGAGAACCUGGUAGAUUCCAAAUAAAAGUUUCAGGUGAAGGAAAGCCUAUAAUUAUAUGGAAAAAAGAUGGAAAAGAUAUUAUUUCAAGUGAUCAUAUAAAAUUAGUUGAAGAACCUGGAGGUGUAUUUGCUUUGACUAUUGAUAAAGCAGUUCCAUCAGAUGUAGGAAAAUAUGCAGUUGUUAUAAUUUUUGACAAUGGAGAAGAAAAAAGUGAAGCUUUAAUGACAGUUGUUCCUAAAAUGGAAAUACCAUCAAUAGGAAAAAAGCCAGAAUUUUUACAGUCUUUGCAACCAAAACAAAUUGCUUUAACCCAACCUGUUGUCUUACAGGCUAAAGUAAUUGGUGAACCUAAACCUUCUAUUAAAUGGUUAAAAGAUGGAGAGGAAAUAAGACCUACAUCUAAUAUUACUAUGACUGAAGAACCAGAUGGCACUAUUGCUUUAAAAAUUGAUUCUGUGGAUUAUUCAGAUGCUGGAAAGUAUGUUGCUGUAGCAACUAAUAUUGAAGGAAAAACUCGAAAUGCUGCUGCUGUUGAUGUUUUAGUUCCUGCUAAAAAGAAACCUGAAUUUCUAACUGAUUUGCAACCUGUUACAUGCAAUGAUGGUGAUUCUGUAACAUUGAAGGCAAAAAUAUCAGGAGAACCAAAACCAAAAAUUAAAUGGAUAAAAGAUGGCAAUGAAUUAAAACCAACAGGUAAUUUUAAACAAAUUGAAGAACCAGAUGGCACCAUUUCUCUACAGAUUUUAAAAGUAACUCCCAAGGAUGCAGGAAAAUAUGCUUUAGCAAUUGCAAAUGAUGAAGGUGAAACAAGAAGCUCUGCUCCUUUAACAGUUAAUCAACCACCAGUUUUUACCAAGCCAUUGCUGCCAGUGACAGUGAUUAAUGGAUUUCCUGGAAAGUUAGAAGCCAAAGUUAGUGGAGUACCAAGACCAACUAUUGAAUGGUUAAAAAAUGGACAACCAUUUUUAACUGAGGGGGAUCAUGUAAAAUUGUAUAAUCCAGAUGGAACUGUUGGAAUAUUAUUUGAAAAAUGCAAACCUGAACAUGCUGGAAAAUAUAGUUGUGUUGCAAAAAAUGGUUAUGGUGACUGUACUGCAUCUGGAGAAUUAGAAGUGAUUGAAAAAGAACUUGAUAAAGAAUUAGAAGCUGCACCAGCAUUUUUAAGCAAUUUAUAUGAUGUAUCUGCAAAAGAAAAUGAGACAAUUAAAUUUGAGGCUUCAGUUUCUGGCAAUCCAUUACCUGAUGUUCAUUGGUUUUUGGAUGAACAACCCGUUCUGCCAUCAAAUAACAUUCAUCCAAUGUUUGAUGGGAAAAAAGUUUCUUUGGAGAUUAAAAAAUGCAAUCCACAACAUGCUGGAAAUUAUGAAUGUCAUCUUGUUAAUAGAGUAGGAAAUGCAAUAUCUGCAGCUAAAGCAAAAGUAAUGGGUUUCACAGCUCCAAAAUUUAUUCAAAAGUUGGUUGAUAUGGAGGUGCCAACUACAGAACCUGCAAGGUUGACUUGCAGAGUUAGUGGCUUUCCUGAACCUUGUAUAGAAUGGUAUCGUAAUGGAGAUUUAUUAUAUCCUGGCAUUAAAUAUUCAAUGUCAAGGGAAGGAGAUCAAUGCCAUUUAAAUAUACCUUAUCCAAGAGGAAGAGAUUCUGGAGUAUUUGAAUGCCAAGCUAAAAAUGUAGUAGGAGAAGAAAAAUGUUCUGCUAAAAUUAUUAUUAGUGAUACUGCUGAGCAUGGAGAAGCUCCUAUAUUCUUGAAAAGACUUAUUGAUAUUGAAGCUUUAGAAGGAAGUUCUGCUAAAUUUACAGCAUGUAUUACUGGAAUUCCUAAGCCACUUGUUAAAUGGUUCAAAAGUGGGGAACAGUUGGAACCUUCAAAACAUUAUACAAUGGAACAUGAACAUAAUGGAAUUUUACGACUCAUUAUUUAUCAAUUAAAACCAUCUGAUAUUGGAGAAUAUAGAGUAUCAGUAUCAAAUAAAUAUGGUAGUGAUACUUGCACUGCUAAUUUGCAUUUAGCAGGUGUUGAUGAAUAUGUACCUCAUGCUGGAGCAACAGAAAGUGAAAAGCAACGAAAAACAGGUCCACCAAGUCCUUUGCCAGAUCCACCUUUUAUAAUGCGUAUGACAGAUACAUAUCUGACCCUUGGAUGGCGUCCAUCAGUACCAUCAGUUCCCAGAGUUCCUGUUACAUAUGAAGUAGAAAUGUGUCAAGAACCAGAUGGAAAAUGGAAUUCUUAUAGAUCAGGACUGAAGGACUCAGUUUGUGAUAUUCGAGGUUUGAUUCCUAAUCAAGAUUACAGAUUCAGAAUUAGGGUAGAAAACAAGCAUGGAAUUAGUGAUCCUUCACCAUAUGUAAGUGCAUAUCGUAGCAAAUUAAGACCACCAACUCCUGCAGACUAUAAACCUAAAGAUUAUGAAAUUGAACAUCCUCCUCUGGAUAAGCAUGCUGCUGCUCCUAGAUUCCUUCGUCAAGAAGAAGAAGUAAUGUAUGGCAUUCGAGGACAGCCAGUAAGAAUUGAAUUUUGGGUUUAUGGUCAUCCACAGCCUGAAAUUUCCUGGCUUUUUAAUGGUGUUCAGAUGGUAGAGAUAUGAGGCAUAUCAAACUGC